GACAGCAAUGGCGAGAGAUGAAAGAAUGGACCUUUUAUCCUUCACUGGCAGCACAAAAGUGGGCAAACAAGUAGCACUUAUGGUUCAGGAGAGAUUUGGUCGAAGCCUGCUGGAACUGGGAGGAAACAAUGCCAUUAUUGUGUUUGAAGACGCAGAUCUAAACCUAGUCAUUCCAUCUGCUUUAUUUGCUGCUGUGGGAACAGCAGGUCAGAGAUGCACAACUGCUAGAAGGCUGUUUCUCCAUGAAAACAUCCAUGAUGAGGUGGUGGCAAAACUUGCCAAGGCCUAUGCCCAGGUCCGCAUUGGCGAUCCAUGGGAUUCUGACACUCUGUAUGGGCCUCUUCAUACCAAAGAAGCAGUGAAAAUGUUCCUUGAUGCAGUAGAACAAGCAAAACAACAAGGUGGCUCAGUGGUCUGUGGUGGAAAGGUUAUAAAUCGCCCUGGAAACUAUGUUGAACCAACCAUUGUGACUGGCCUUCCUCAUAAUGCACCCAUUGUCCACACUGAGACGUUUGCUCCCAUACUGUAUGUGCUGAAAUUUAAGGAGGAAGAGGAGGUUUUUGCCUGGAAUAAUGAAGUAAAACAAGGUCUUUCCAGCAGUAUCUUUACCAAGGAUUUGGGACGGAUUUUCCACUGGCUUGGGCCAAAGGGAUCUGAUUGUGGCAUUGUGAAUGUUAACAUCCCAACCAGUGGAGCUGAGAUUGGAGGUGCUUUUGGUGGUGAAAAGCACACUGGUGGGGGAAGAGAAUCUGGAAGUGAUUCAUGGAAACUUUAUAUGAGACGGUCUACUUGUACAAUCAACUACAGCAAAGAUUUGCCUUUGGCUCAAGGAAUCAAGUUUCAGUAACAAUCUUGUGAAUGUCUGCGCUAUGAACCAUCCUAGAAUUUCUGGAUCAAGGAGCUCCUAGGCAUCAUGGGGAUAAAAAUUAAUUAUUUGAAGCCGGUUCUGUCAGAACAUCAGCUACUCUUAAACUCCUUCACUUUCUAUGUUCUAAUUUAGUCUUCAAAUGAGAAGUCUGUAGUCUUUGGGAAGAAGGGAGGGUGACUAAAACUAACCACCUUGGGUUCAGGUGGCCUGGAUAGCAUUGCCUUAACACUGUAUUUGAGUGCCAACACUGCCUCUGUCCCCUCCCUAGUUUUUGCUGAUGUUUCCAGCUACAACGUCUGUGUUUCAAACUGUGUGCCAGGUUCCCUGCAGGUAACUGGUGCUGUGGGGGAUAUUUGGCUACAGCACAGGGCUAUUUUUCAAUGAAUAAAUAAAGGUACAUUUUGUGAAAUA